AUGGUUGGAAUCGCUGUACUGGGUGCUGGCCUGUUCGCCAAAGAGGCCCAUCUGCCGGCUUUGAUAAAACACCAGGCCGAUAUACUCGCGGUUUAUUCGCGCUCGAUCAAAUCGGCCCAGUCCCUUGUCACUGCCGCCGCUGCUCUGGAUGCACCAACCUCGCACAUCGAUGUCUACGCCGAUGAGCUGACCUCGGAGAACAAAGGGCUGUCGGCAUUACUCAAGCGCGAGGAUAUUGGUGCCGUCAUUGUUGCCCUUCCAAUCCUCAUUCAGCCCGAAGUUGUCCGCCAGUGUCUGGCGGCUGGCAAACACGUGCUGUGCGAAAAGCCCGUUGCCAAGAAUGUGCAGACAGCGGUGCAGUUGAUUUCCGACUACGAAAAGGACUUCCGUCCUCGCGGACUGGUGUUCUCAGUGGCCGAGCAAUUCCGCUACGAUCGUGCUUUCACCCGUGCUCGCGAGCUAGUAGUGGCCGGUGGCCGCAUUGGCAAGUUGAAUCACAUCCAUGCCCGCGUUUGGGGAAACAUCCAGCCUGUUGAAAAUCAGUAUUACGAGACCGAGUGGCGCAAGAACCCGGAGUAUCAGGGCGGAUUUGUUCUAGAUGGCGGCGUGCACUUUAUCGCGUUGAUUCGUUAUGUCUCCGGGCUGGAGAUCGUCAAGACUCUCAGCAUGUGCCGUCAGACAUAUCCGCAUCUACCUCCUCUGGACACCGUUAACGCAGCCCUGCAGUUUGACAGCGGCGCUUCUGGGUCUCUAAGUAUUUGCUUUGCCUCCUGCAAGGGAGUUUUCGAGUUUGUUUUUGUUGGUGAUCAAGGAUCUGUGACCAUCUCGGCUGUGGAGGAUGCGAAGGAUCGCCGACGCAUCGUUAUUGAGAAGGCGGAUGGUACUAAGGACGAAGAGAUCAUUGAUGGAGAGGGUGUCUCAGAAGAGGUCAAGGCUUUCCUGGAAGCGGCAUCUAGCGGAAAGCACGAGGAAAAAGCAGGAGCCCGGGAGGCAUUGGCGGACGUUGCUGUCGUGGAGAGUCUCUGUGCUGGAGGAGGACCAGUGCAGGCCCUAUUGUGA